AUGGCGGCGUCCAGCUGGGCCCGGGUGGCCGUGGUCCUGCUCUGUGCCUGUGAUCUGCUGCUGCCGCUGCCGCCCCGGGCCUGCGCGGCCGAGGGCCCGGCUGGUAAGCCCGGCGAGGCUGCCCCGCCUCCCCCGAAGAAGAAGAAGGACAUUCGCGAUUACAAUGAUGCGGACAUGGCGCGUCUUCUCGAACAGUGGGAGAAAGAUGAUGACAUAGAAGAAGGAGACCUCCCGGAACACAAAAGGCCCUCAGCACCUGUCGACUUCUCGCAGCUAGACCCAGGCAAGCCGGAGAGCAUAUUGAAAAUGACGAAGAAAGGGAAGACUCUGAUGAUGUUUGUCACCGUAUCAGGAAGCCCCACGGAGAAAGAGACGGAAGAAAUCACCAGCCUCUGGCAGGGCAGCCUUUUCAACGCCAACUAUGAUGUCCAGAGGUUCAUCGUGGGCUCAGACCGCACCAUCUUCAUGCUGCGUGAUGGGAGCUACGCCUGGGAGAUCAAGGACUUUUUGGUCAGUCAAGACAGGUGUGCUGAUGUCACUCUGGAAGGACAGGUGUACCCUGGCAAAGGAGGCGGAGGCAAAGAAAAAAACAAAACAAAGCAAGAGAAGGGCAAGAAGAAGGAGGGAGCCCCUAAAUCUCGGGCGCCGAAGGAAGGCAAUCGAGCUGGGAAUAAACGAGAAGACCUGUAACGGGGCAGUCACUGCUGCCUGGAGCACACGGGACAGAGCUCAGCCAGGGCUCGUGGGGGCGGGGCGGGCGUGGGAAACCGCACACAGGAUGGAAUUCUAGUUUCUUCUAGAGAGGGUCUGCCACACGGCCAGUGUGUGGUCAGAGUAGGAAUUAUUGUUGAAAAGGUUUCAGGUAGAAGAUAGGUUUUGUAUUAACAUCGGACAUUGGACACUGCCAAAUUCAGGUUUACUAUGAAAUCACUUUAGAUGGAAACCUGACUGUUGAUUUUUCCCAUUUAAAUAUGGGGGAGUCCCUGACCGCUGUGUCACUGCCCCCUCAGUGCACCUGCUCUGGUCUCACGUCCUGCGGUGUCUGUGCUUUUUAUUUUUGUUAACGAAGGAUACCAGGUUCUAAUCAGACACACAUUAAGGCUUGAUGUAAUUGAAUCAGGGUCUUCACGCCACAAAAAAACCAUCAUUUUCAUUACUGUGAAAUAAAAAUGCCCCAUGAGAGCACUGCACGGAGCAUGGUGUUUAAGUAUACAACCAGCACGCCAGGAUGUGCGAAUCCCACUUCUGCAAAAACUGCAGAGAACAGAAAAUAAUGUUGCUUGGAGAUCCUGAGUAUUUCCUUUGAAUUUCUUGGACUUGAAUCCUUAGCAGUUAAAGAGAACUCUUGGUAUCUGUCAGGUGUUAGGUGGUCUGUGGAGCUCGGGGAUCCUGUUGUGUGUCCUUAAUUAGGAAACAGUAAUGCUGGUGUUGAAGUUCAUGUGUUCCAUGUAAUGUGACAGUUUUAAAAGGUGUAAAUCAGGAUCAGCAGUCCUUUGCAGUGUGGCAGAAGGCUCAAUAACCUCCUUCAUUUGUACAUGUUUCUUUGAUAAAGUGCCUAAAUUUGUGGUGUUUCUAUAUGGUACUCACAUGAGGCCCUAUCUGCUAAUGUCUGAUUUCACUGUUCAUGUUGAAGCCUCCUCUGGUUGACAGUUAUGGAAUUUAUAUACAGGUGUCAUUUUUAAGAACUAAAAUUGUUUGUAAAAACCUCCUAUUGUGAUUUUAACCAAAUAACACACGUACAUGGUUAGAAAAUGCUUUUGUUCAAAAAGGGUACCAAGUGGAAAGCCUGCGGAGCCAGUGCUGCCACUCUUGUCCUAGCAGAAGCUGCUGUUAAUGUUUCCAAAAAUGUGUAUUUAUCAGUUUGUAGCAAUGUGUGCGUUAGCCUUGCAGCAUCUAUUUCCCCUGGUUUUGGUCACUCCAUUCUCAGUUCUGUGCUCUGGGUGGGAUAUUUCCCCUACCGCCUUCCCAGCCUCCAGGCCACCCCACUGCAGGGAUGAAGAGCUAACCCCAGCUAAGUUUCUUGAGCCACCUCAGGAAGAGGUGGCUUUUGUUCUUCAUACCAUUGGAACCCGGAGGGUGUGAGGUGGGGCCACAUUGGCCCAUCCAGAGGAGCUGUCAGAAUGGAGCCAAUACAGGCCAUGAGGAGAUACGGGGCGACAGCCAGGUCCUGGUGGUGUAGUGUAAACCCUCUAAAAUAAUAAUCAUUGCCUCCCCAUCUAGAAGUCAUUUAAGAAUGGAGGAAUGUGUCCACUAGGGGGCACCAGAGACUGGCCGUGCAUUGGGUCUUGCCACCCAGCCUUUGGGGAGAAUUCUUCAGCCAUGGUUUGAAUUAACACAUCACUCGAGCUGUGCUUGCCAGAUGUCUGUGGAAAUAUGCAGACACCUCUUUCUCUGAUCUCUGUAUUAAUUUACUUCGUUGUCAUAGCAACCCGAGGCAGGAGGCACUAUAUUAUCACCCCAUCUUCCACACAAGGACGCUGAGGCCCAAGGAAGGUAAGCAUCUUCUUCAAGGUCACACUGCUAGGAAGUGACAGAGCCAGAACCUGAACUCGGGCAACACAACAUUAGCCACCUGGCAUGAAUAAAGCAAAAUUAUACCCUU